UUUCUGGGGCAACUAGGAACAAAAAGCUACACACAGCUGGUGCAAUGUCUGCAAUUUUACUGAGAGCUUUUGCUCUGUACCUGUUUGUACAAGCAGUCAAGUCUCAAGAUGCAGUAUUUCAGUUCGCAGACAACAGUCCUAUUAGAGCUGUUGAGGGUGCUACAGCAGUACUAUCGAUCAUAACCAGUUCUACAUUCUCUUCGUCUGUUACAGUCAUGAUACGGCGUGUUGGUGGAAAUGCAGUUAAUCAAGACUUCUCGUUAGGCAGUGAUAGCUUUACAGCUACCUUCAAGCCUUUCGAUACACAGCAAGAUAUAAACAUAGGACUCAGUUCUUCUGUUGCAAUUGAUGGAUCUAAGGAUGCAAUGUUUGCCAUAUCAGAAAGCAAUUUCUAUACCAUCGGUACAAGAAAUGAGAUGAAAUUGAUUAUCGAAGAUGGCAAUUCGUUUCAGUCAAUCUUCUUUGUCAGCAACUUGAUGCCAUACAAUGAAUGGGGCGAUGCUGUCAUCGUCAUUAACACGGAAUUGUCCGCCAAUACAAUGGAUCUUACUAGUGAAUUUACCAUCGAACUGGUAAUAUCUGAUGGAACUGCUGAGGAGGGUUUGGACUUCAGUGUGGAUACUCGGACAGUGACUCUAUCCCCUUGUUCCGGAUCCGGGUGCAAUACACACAUCUUUGAGAGCAUUUCCAUCGCACCCGAUAGGAUUUUGGAGGGUUCUGAAAUGUUCAAUGUAUCUUUCGAUGCUAGCAGUCUUAGUUUACCUGGGGCAAUUCGCAAUUUUGGACAACCGACAACAAUUGAAAUACGAGAGAUACCCCCAAUGGUCGAGUUUAACCAAACAACUUACCAGUUUGCAGAAGGAGGUGAUGAUAUGGUAUGCUUGGUGAUCCGAGCUAUAGACUCAAUCAGUGAUAGAGUCUCAAUCACAGUGACAAUCACUCUAGCAGGUGAUUCUACAAUCCUGGAUGCAGGAUCAGGAGAUUUUGGUUCUGGUCAAGUUAGCCACAAAUUUGUUUUUGACUCAACAAGUGGCCCACUUGUGUGUGAGUCCAUUGAGAUCGUAGAUGAUAACAACUUUGAGGGGACAGAACGUUUCUCUGCAACAUUAUCGAGAACCAGCUCUAGUGCAGUAGAACUUUCAACAAUAUCUGCUGAAAUUACAAUUACAGAUCCUAGUAAUGACAUCACACAGUGUAGUGUGGUAUUUACUGACCAGCAGUACGAGGUUGACCCCGUAUCUGGUGACGUGACUGUGGAGUGGGCCGGAACUGGACCAACUGCUGACAUUAAUGUCAACGAGUUUACGUGUAAUCUGCCUGAUGGAAUGUCUACAGAUUGCACCAGUCCGUUUGUGCUCACUGGUCUAGCUCAAGGUGACCACACCUUCUCAGUAACACCUCGGCAAAUCAGCGAUCCUAGCCUGCCUCAAUGUAGUAGGGGAUUGAUUGGUCAAUUCAUUAUCAUCCGACUUUAAAGCCUGCAUGCAUGUUAAUGCUAUUUUAUUAGUAGAUAGAUACGCCUCAAGUUUAUUUUUAAUCUAUACUAUGUUUCCUUCGCAUUACUCCUCAACACAUACAAACUUGUACAACAAUAAUUAU